GCGACUCAGACCAGGGCAACCGUUGUCUUGGAUGACACCACACCACGCGAGCUACAAACACAGUCUGUAACAAGACAGGUUGGGUAUCUCAAGUCCGGCAAGGCCUCGGGUUGGUCAUUCCAUCUCAAUGUCAAACUUGCCUCUUCUGGACAGUCAUUCAAAGAAGUCUCCACAUUCGCCACAAGUCCGCUCCGUGGCCCGGCGAUCCCCCCGGUCCGCUUGCCUCACCGCGUUUGAGUCCGAAGGCACAACAGCAAAACACCGCUCCGCUCGCCACUCCACCGAUACAAUUGUUGUUGUGUCUGCAUGCUCGAUGAAUCACCCUUGGAUGUCAUUGUCGCACAAGCCCAGUGUAGUUUCUUCGGUUUGCCAGAGGAAGCUUUGAACCCGGUCAGCAACAGCGCCACUGCCUUCUGCCGACUCCAUACAUCCUUCGUACCGAGCACAGAGGCGGCCGCUACAUGUGUUCUUGCCCCGGGUACACGCUCAAUCUCACUUGAUCAACCAGAUUCGCGAGCUCGUUGGAUGGUGAACAGCCGUUAAGCCCAUGUCACAGGGACGGCCCCCCCCCCCCCCCCCCCCCCCGCCGCUAAAAUCUGACGUUGCCUUUCUUGGGACCCAGGGACCUUCUCUCACUCUCCACCGAGUAUCUCUUCGAGCAGCCUAUGACCCAUCUAGUGUCGUUUCUCACCCAUGGUAGGGCUGCAUCUAUGACCCCUGCCUGGCCCGCAACACCCCAGAAGCAGACAUCGCCCACGGCUUGGCCUUUGCGACUACUGGGUACGGACCCAUUCUGUUCACUAUCGUCGUAGGCCGAGGGUAGCUCGAGGCACUCUGGACAAAAAUACGUUUCGCUCUGUCAGCAGUCCUGUUUACCGAUGCCUGUCUCGUUAUAGCCAAUCAUCGACUUCGACCUCGUUUUCCUGCCCACCACACUGGAUCGACCGCCCGCACACAUCUGGGACUCCGGGGUCAUGAGCCAUCGAAUGUCCGGGAAUGUUCGAUAGUGACCAGAAUCGAUGCACAGCCGGUUCUUCGGAACAGAUGAGGCUUGGUUGGGGUCAGGAUCACGGAGACCACCCGUCGGCUGUUCCUGGGCCCAGCCCACACCCUAUCUAGUUCGUAUCGUGGCUCGACUGCACUCCGUUUGGAAUGUCGUACCCAUGGCUCACAUCCCGAUGCCCCUUCCAUCAGCCCCAGUCUCAGCCCCGGCCACGGAUGGCAUAAUGUGGCAUCAUGUGUGUUUAGAAUUCAUGUUACUCGAUUGGUGUCAUCAGAGGGGUGGAUCCUCGGCAUUAGCACGCGUGAUUUGCGCACUCUCGUCCUACCUUCAACUGCCACUGUCCCUUGUCACUCUCGACUGUAAUCACUUCUUCUUUAGGCCAUUUACAUCAUGCAACGGCCGCAUCAAACAGUCUUCGCCUCCAGUACCCGACGUUGCCGGAUAUCUUGCUCGGUGCUACUUGUCUUCAAGCCUUUCUGACCUCCCCGCCGGUUAUCAAAGGGCCCGCGGACGCACAUAAUCACACUAUUGUCAUACGCUCUCUCCGGAUUAUCUGCUGCGGAGACCCCUUGAGGAACUCGACGGCUAUUUUGACUUGCCAGCCGCCUAUCUACGUCAUUGAGCGGACGAUCAUCUUCAGCUGCCUACCUCAUUUGGACCUUCUGCGAAUUCAAGAGCUUCCCCGAGGUGGACGGCCACAGUGAUGAGCCACAACCCUGAAGUCAAGAGACAGGAUAUAUUAACGACCUCGUCCGGUCCGAAGCCUGGCUCCCUUCCCACCCACAGAUACACCACCAACCUCCCUGGUCUCGAAGUACAAUUCGAACAAGACAUUCCGUUUACUCUAGAAGACCUCCUUACUGCCUUUUCAUCAAACCCCCUUGCCCAAACGUCUUUUUGUUCCCGCACUUCAGCAACAAGCAUGUCCUCAUCACGUUCAGGCCGCUCAGGGGGAUCAUCGAGCCACCACCGCAGCUCCAAGAGCAGCAAAAAGCCAAGGGCGGUUCAACGUUCGAUCCAGCAACUGAUCGAAUCCCUCGAGACGCACCGCGUCAACACGCUGACGGAGCUCUGCCGCAUUGAGCGCGUGGCGGCGACAUGCGAGAAUGAGGAAGAUGCCCUGGCCUUCCAAGGCCCCAUGACCUCGGCCUGGGACUACUAUGUCAACAGCAACCAGUUCCUGACGGAGCUUCGCGGCCUGACGCGCAGCUACCCACUUUGCAGCGAUAUUCUUUACGACGCCCACAUGCGCGUGCGCAACGACCCGGAUUCCAACAAGAGCUGGAACCUCGCGUGGCUAUGCCUCAUGAAGAUCCAGGAAGACGGUCUAGUUUCUGGGUACGCCGCCCUCGAGUCCGCGAAACCCGAGAUGUGGGGAGGUCGCGAGCCCUCGGCGGACGAGGCGGCGCAGCUCGGCGCGUGCUUUGAAUACGAGUGGAACAAGGCCGUCGACACGAUGCUCCGGCACUGGUCCAUCCCGCCGACCUGGUACUGAUUGGUUGCCCUUGUGGCAAAGUUGCCCAUGCGCCGGCCGGCCGGCUCCGAAACCACAGAGGCAGGCAAAGCUGGAGAGGACGACGACAACUGUGACUAUGAUGGGUGGAUUUUAGGACGAUGAUACGAAGCAAGCACAUUUGACCAGAGGGGGGAGUAUCUUGGAGCAUUUGAGAGCAAGACAUUCAUCUGUUGAUGAACAAGUACUAGCACUGGUAUGGGUGGGCAACAACGGCAUCGGCGUUUGGGCAUACACCACACUCGUCCCACGACGACGACAACAACGGAUUUCAGGGCGUUUCGUUUUGGUCAUCUCUCCCCCCACCUCCCUUUCUUCUCCCCUAUGUCCUUCGCUACCGCAUAUCAGGGUAGGGGGCCGAGGAGUAGCAUACGGGAGGGGGCAUGCAGACCAAGGGCACAUGGCGUCGCGGCAGGUUUCUGGCAAGCCUACUGCAGACUUUUUU